AUGGAUAAUAAUAGUACAUUAAAUAAUAUUACAAUUACUGUAGCAAGUAGUCAUAAUAAUACUACAACUAAUAGCAACAACAACAAUAAUAAUAAUAAUGGUAGUAAUAGUAAUAAUAAUAAUGAACAAUUGAAUACAUUAAGUAAUAGCAUUACAAGUUUAAAAUCAUUGAAUAUUAGUGGUAGUGGUGUAAUUACAAAUAAUAGUGAAGUGAAUACACCAUCAGAAGGAAACAUAACACCAUUACCAUUAUUAAGUUUAUCUGAUGCUUUAUCACCAUUACGUGAAUUGUAUAGUUGUUUAUAUGUUGGUGAUAUCAGAGCAUUAAUGUCAAAUCAAUAUUUAAAAUUUGAAGAAAAUGAAAAAAUUAGAAUUUUAGGUUUUCCCGAACCACAUUUAGAAAUUGAUGAAAAAACUCAAAAAUAUUUUUCUUAUCAAAUUAUUGAAUUUGAAUCAGAUGAAGAUAUAUUAUCAAUUGCAAAAAGUUUUGAACAAUAUUCACAAUUAAUAUUAGGUAGAACACCAACACAACCAGUUGUAAUUCAAGAAUGUUGUUUUGGAUUAGUUUUAGCAUCAAUCUAUUUUAUAAAGUAUGAAUUAUUUUCAUUACCACAAGCACAUGAUUUAAUUGGAUAUAAUGAUUUCUUUGGAACUUCAAAAAAACAUUCACACUUUGAAAAAGUUGAUUCUUGUACAUUAAUAAAUGAUAUAACAUCUUAUUAUUAUAAUAAUAUGUCAUCAAAGAGGAAAACUACAAUUUUUUCAAAUAAUAUUUCUUUUACAAAUUUACAAACAACAACACCACCAACUACUACUACUACAACUACUACAACUACAACUACUUCAUCUUCAAAUAAUAGUGAACAAAUUGAAUCAACAUCUAAAAAUAAUUCAUCAGGAAUAACAUCACCAACAUCAAUUAAACCAAAAAAUAAAGUUGGUUUAUUAAAAAAAUUAUUUAAUAAAAUGGAUAAAGAAAGUAGUAAUAAUAAUAAUAAUAAAGAAAAAGUUGAAAAAAUUAAAGAAAAGAAAGAAAGUAAAAAAGAAAGAGAAGCUAGAGAAGCAAAAGAAGAAAAAGAAAGAGAAGAAAGAGAAAAAGAACAUCAAUUAGCAUUAAAGAAUAUACCACCAGCUGAAUUAUAUAAACAUCAUAUGGAACAAAUUCAAAAGAUACAAAAACAACAAAUUGCAGAAUUAAAUGCUACAUCACCAGAUGGUGGUAAUGAUUUAAGUAAUGGUAGUAAUGGUAGUAAAAAUGGUAAUAAUAAUAAUAAUAAUAAUAAUAGUAAUAAUAAUAAUAAUAAUAAUAAUUCAAAUGAACCAAAUUCACAACAUCAAAAUCAUAAUCCAAUUACAAAUUUAAUGGAUCAAGAAUUAAUUGAAAAUUAUGAUGAUGGAUCAGAUAGAAUGAAAAAUUCAAAAACAAUUAUUUCACCAAAUUUUGAAUCAUUACCAGAUGAAUAUAAAACUAUGGUUAAAACAUGGGAUAUUAAACAAGAGUCGGUUGAUGAACAUUUUGAAAUUAUAUUAUCAUUAUUACACUUUCAUACAAAGCAAAGAUUUUAUUCAAGUGAUCCAACCAAUUUACCAGAUAAACCAAAAUAUUAUAAUGUUGGUAAUGUUUGUGGUAAUUGUACACCACCAAUGAUAUUGGAUCCAGCAGGUUCAGGACAAAUGGUAGUUGCAAAAUCAUUCUAUAAGAGACCAUUUGACCAAAUUUGUAAGAAACCAACAAAUGAGAUGAAGAAACUUUAUACGUUUAGGGAAAAGGUUGGAAAGGGUGGAUUUGGUACUGUAUAUUUAGUGAGAAACAAUAUGGAUAAAUCUAAAUCUAGAAUCGCCAUUAAAAAGUUACCACAUGUUAGAAAGAAGGAGAAGAAAUUCAAUGUAAAGGAAAUUCGAGUAUUGGAAUUCACGAAUCAUCCAAACAUUAUCACUUACUAUAAUUCUCAUAUGCUUCAUGAUGAAGUUUGGAUUGCUAUGGAGUUUAUGGAGGGUGGUACAUUGGCCGAGGCCUCCAAUCAAUAUCCAUUCCAAGAGAGUAAUAUCGCUUAUGUUGCAAGGGAGGUUUUACAAGGUCUAGCCUAUUUACAUGGCAUUCAAUUGGUGCAUCGUGAUCUUAAAUCUCAAAAUAUUAUGAUGACCACCAGUGGUGAGAUUAAAUUAAUCGAUUUCGGACUUUGUGCUAACCUUUCCAAAGGUGAACGUAUCAGAAUGUGUGGUUCCCCAAUUUGGAUGCCACCAGAGAUGAUUCAACAAAAACAACAUGGUUACACUUGUGAUAUUUGGUCAACUGCAAUCUGUUUAUUGGAAUUGGCAAAUAGAAAUAAUAAACUCCGUAAAAAUCCAAUCAAAACUAUGUUUAUGGUAGGCUCUGAAGGUAUUAAAGAUCCCUUUGAAGAUCCUCAUAAAUGGAGUGAUGAAUUCCACGAUAUCAUCAAUAAAUGUUUGCAAAUGGAUCCUCAUAAACGUCCUUCUGCUCAAGAAUUAUUAAAACAUCCAUUCAUACAAUUAGCCGAUAAUAAAAAGAAAAUGGGUAAAAUUUUAUCUUCAAUAUUUUUAAAAUCAAUUGUUGGUAUUUAA